UCAUGUCGGCUCAACGCGUGCCAUGGAAACGCGAAUAGCCGCACAUAUCACUCAACACCGCUGAAGGAGGCGGUGCAACCUCUCCUCGCUCUACCACACUCCACCUGCCACAACCGUUCAGUGCUGUGCCGCCUGUUUCCCUGAGAGGGUGUGACAUAGCCGCUGCCUCUACGGACACUGCUAUGGCUCGUUAAUAAUUGCGUUCCGUAGUCGCCCCGGGUUACGCAUCUGCAAUGGCCAAAUGAUUCACUUCUACGGUGCCGUGGCGUGUGUCUGUCGCUUAACGUAAACAAGUCAAGUUAUCCCAUAACUACACGAGCUGGAAGGAACGAUGUGCAGAUAAGUUAGACUAAGGCUUAUCUAUCGGAUUUAUGGAGGAAUAAGCAGCCUAGAGAACGUAAUUGAAGUGAAAUGAAAGACAUGAUAAUGGUUCUUGGGUAACAAUGUGAGGCACGCAGGCUGCUCGGACGCUGGGACACGGAAGCAGCAGCAGCAGGAGGGGAAACUACUGUAUUUCAUCCUGGUGUAUGGAGGAGAGAGAAGACAGAAGACGGUGAGGUGACACCCACGAACCAGGAGGAGGAGGAGGAACAAGACUUGUUAUAACACCCUCAAUGGUUCUCGCCCCACCACGGCCCCUUUAUCCUCCAACUCUUCUGACGUAAUUGCUAUGUAAAAGCACUGGUCGUUAAACUCACAGCCCACACCUUACGACCGUCUGGAAUAAUCUCAUCAACUCGUCAGGGAAACUGCUUCGCGUACAGAGCAACUAUUUUCGGGCAGGACCAAGCUAUCUGGCGCGCUUGUGGCUGAUAUCACCCGUCCUAGAGCCCUUAACCGUUGACAUCCAACACCUAUCUACACCCAAAACCAUCUGUUCUCUCCGAGCACAGGUGUGACAAGCCCAUCAUCCGCCGCUAGGUAACAUCAAUUGCUAGUCAAGAGCCAUCUGUGGUGGGCCAGAGGAACCCUUCCGGGUGCCCACACGCCCCUGAGCGUCCCACACCCACCGCCAGCAGGGCGGACAGACACGGACGCGGUGGGCGGGGAUGAAAUGGGUGGGCGUGAGUGGGAGGGGGGCGUGGACGGGCUGCUGGAGGCGGUGAGGAAGGGACACCCACGUCACGUCCAGCUGCUGCUGGAGGCCGGGGUUCCUGUCGACGGCACUGACGAUUCUGGCUCCACGGCGUUGGUGACUGCCGUUCUCCACGUCCAGGAAGGUCGCCUGCAGGAGCGGCUGCUGAGACUCCUGCUGCAGGCUGGCGCCGACCCCAACGUUGGCGACGCCCGGGGCACCACCCCGUUCAUGCACGCCGCCAUUACUAACGCCAACGGUGCCGCCAUCACCCUCCUUCAGCACGGAGACGUGGACCCCGGGGUGCAGGAUGGAGACGGCAACUCGGCCCUGAUGUAUGCUGCCGCUUUCGGACACAGGGAGAUUGUCCUGCUCAUUCUCGCCGCCUUCAGACAACUCCACCACGUCGCAUUCCAGGGUCAGCGCAACGGGCAGGGGCUGACGGCGUGGCAGCUCGCGGAAAAGAACGGCCACGAGGACAUCGCCGCCAUUCUAAAGGUUGAGUCGGGGGUGUUCCCUAGGCCCUCUGGCCCUUCUGCAUUCGUCCCCGCCAACCCACUCGACCUAGAUCGCCCACCUACGCCUACUGAGAGCAGGAAGACCAGGUCUUCCGCUCGUCGCUCAAAGUCUCUGGGAAGGAACACGGGUCCGGCAUCUGGUCCAGGACCCACGGACCCUCUACCGCCUCCUGCCUUCAUCACCUUCUGCACCGACUGCCAGAAAACAAUCCCCCCAAGACACCAGCACACUGGCACAGGAGCAGGUGAAGGCGCCCACAGGAGGAAGAGUGCAAGAAACUUCUGCACCUGCAGCGAGGAUCAGAACUCUGAAGAAGAGGAGAACACCGCCUGGGAAGACCGCGACUUUGGCAUCAGAAGAAAUGUGCCAAGUAGUACCUGGAAACUAACGUUAGGAACAAGUGGUAACCCCAAUAUAAAGAGUGUGAUUGGGCUGACUGGUGGCUCCAACACCAACGGUGCGACAGGCCACAGCAGCAGUCAUACUGUCAAGGGUGCAGUACUAGUAAGCAGCAGCUUUACCAGCAAGGGUGCGACAGGGUAUAACAGUAGCCACAACGUAAAGAGUCCCGUACUGCUGAGCAGGAGCAAAGGUGCCAUAGGGGUCAGUGGGAGUCACAUCAACAGAAGUGUAACUAGGGCAAAUAGUGUUCUCGCCCUCAAAGACGCCGGCGAGGCUGCUACAGACGACGACAGCGACAACAAUGCCAAGGACCUGAACGUGGAGAGACUGAGGGCGAGGAGUAGUUGGACGAGAGACAUAGGUAACGGUGAGAGGAGCAGGAGGAGAGCGGAAGGUGUUGGGGAGGAGGAGGAGGCUGACAAGAGGUCGCAGGUGAGGAGUGAGCCCCUGAGAGUGGGGGCGCCUGACGCCGAAGAGAGGAAGGUGCUGCAGGAGCUGAUGCAUGGCCUCUCCAUCUCCGGCAGUCCGGGCUCAGGUAAUGAAGCAGACACAGAGUCACUGAUGGAAUGCGAGCAUCAGCCGCCUGCGAGUGAAGGCGAGGACAAACCCUUCGUCAGGAUGACCACCAACAACGCCAGGAAGAUAACGGUGACGGGCGCCACCCUCGCCGCCGCCCAGCCCAUGCCCAAGAUUGAGCUCAGCUCCUCUUCACGAUCCCUCAACCGCAGCAUCCAACACCUGGUUCAGGAGGAUGCAGAGAACCAUCCAGAACACAGGCCACCCACGCCUGCACGCCCAUCACUCCCUACACUGCUGCCGGGGAGGUUCUUAGACGUGUCCUUCAGUGCCUCCAUAAGCAGCACAAAGAGCGAGGGACGCAACGUGCCCCCAGUGCGUAAAGCCAAUUUGAUGACGUUUCCUCGGUCGUCAUCAGAGCCCAGGUCCCUGACGCAGUCACCAAAACCAAGCGACGAUGAUGCCGAAGACGACACUUCCACAGACUUUCUGGAAUCGUCAGUACGUUCUGAGGGUUGGGACCUCGUACGGGGAGCCAAAGGUCGAGGGCCCUCCUUCAGCUCUUCAGAAGGACACGUUGUGCCUCUGCCGCCCAUCAACCGCCCACGAUACUCUGACGUGACAAGCCGUGGGCGUGGUAAUGUCCGCGGGCGCGGUCACGUGGCCGGGUGCGAGGAGAAUGUCCUCAGUGUGGCCAAGAAAACACUAGAGCAAUUAGAGACAGUGUUGGCGCCGAAAGAGACAGCGGCCCUUCCUCGCACCAUUCCCAGGACCCGCACCCACCACCAGAUACACCUAGAGACCUAGCACAACCCAGGCCGCCCGCACCACCACCCACGCCCACACACUAUACAACGCCACCCCAUAAGCGAACACGAAAAGAGCACUCGCCAGCAACACCCUCUGAAGGAGUAAGGCUCCACGACAGAACCUGGGAUGGACGUCUCGAACAUAAUAAGCUUGUGAAGCGGAUGGGAAAGUGAAACCCCUGAGAGUGGGUUAUGUUCUCACACUACAGUGUCAAGCUUCUGGUCUGAGAAAUAAAAGUUUAAACUAGUGGUGGCAGAGUGUGAUGUGGUUUACCUGACACUAAGCAACUCGUGCAUGCCACACGCCAGCAACAUGGUACACUCUUCAGCAACACUGACAAUGCUGACAAUUAAGUUAUGCCACCACUGUCGCUUCCCAGAUUUACGUACAUACGACCAUACAUAAGUUCCAGUGUAUUGUGUGAAAACUAUUUGAUCUGAAUUUAUAUGGACAUUCAUAACCAUUUAACAUAAGGUACCAAAAAUAAUAAUAUAUAAUAUAUUUAUUUAUUUAUACAUAUAUAUGAAGGCUUGCAUACAGCAAGAGGAGACGUGUGACCCAUAUGCAAUAUUUCAUCUUCAUGACCAAUAAGGUUUCUGUAAACUGGAAACCAGUUAAUGUUUAUUCUUCUUGGUAACAUUAGAUUACAUAUUAGUUUGCACCAACCGCUGUUGUUCGUUGUCAACAUAGAACGAAGAACAGCGGUUGGUUUAAAAAGCCUGCCACAACAGUGGGCCAAAUUCUUAUUAUUUCUGUAGCAUACCUUUUUAAACCCUGAUAACACCUUACAUACAACGCCACCCACCCAGUGGACUUCACUGGGCAUUCCAGCACUAAACUUUAUCGUCUAUAACACACACACACAUUAACAAAACGCACACAACAUCGCAUCAAAGGCGAGCCUAACAUUGUUAGUAAAACAAUUUUAUAUUCCUGUGUGUGAUGCGCCCAACUCCAGUAUCCAUCGAGUCAUAUUACCAAACCUCUCCUUUGAUCAUACAAGGAAGUCAUAAUAUAUUUCACCAGUCUUGGGGAGCGGGUGUCAACAUGUUUAUCUCGCCCACCUUGAAAUAAAGGUGUGGGAAAUUCAACGUUAAAGCUUAAAUCAGCCAGGGAUCUGAGGUCCUGAGACUUAAUAAGCAAGGAGGUUGCAAGUGGUGCACUCUUUUAAAGAAGAAAAGUAUGAUGUGAUGAACAGUACGAGAACUAAUACAGGGUAAGUACAUCAAGAGUGGCUGAUAGCGAAAAUAACAAUUUGGAGUAGAGUCUUACAAUAAACAACCAUCAAGUAUAAAUUUUUGUAGAGAAUAUAUAUAUAUA